UUAGAAUAACACCGAGGCGGCGUCUUCAACAUUUCACAGGAAGGAUGGUCUUUAAAAAAAAAUUAUUCUAAUAAUAAAAUAAUAAUUUCCGGGUCCGUUCAGAGGGAGACGAACACGUCCACCUGUCAGAGGAGGACUCGGGGGCGCUGAUAACCAGAUCAACCUGCUGCUGCUGCUGCGAAAUGUGAGAAAAUGUAAAAGUUCAGGGUGUAAAAUGUGAUCAGUAAAGAGGGAGUGUGACUGAGAUCGCUUAUUCCGGAUGGAUCUGAAGCUGGAGUCAAGUUUGUGGGUCGGAAACAAAAGAUACCGAGCGGUGCUGACAGGAUGGCACCUCAAGUGGACCGAGGUGGAUAAGAAGAACCGCGACAAGAAGACAGUUUCAGUACCUGUGGCGGAGGUGGUUGGCGUGGAGGAGGGUCGGGUGGAGAUCCUGCCCCAGAAGUCAGUUGAAGACACAGACAAAGAUUUCACAGUUUUCUACGUGAAGCGUAGCAGCGGUGGGGGUUCCGGUGGGUUGCUAUGGAGACUGGGCCGGACCCAGUUCAGCUGCCCCAGUCGGGUUCUUCGAGACCAGUGGACGAAACACCUGAGGGCCGCUCUGAAAACUCACAGUCCGUUGCGUCCACAUAGACUGUUGGUGUUCAUCAACCCGUUUGGAGGAAAGAAAAAAGGAAGACAGAUCUACCAUUCUCUGGUUGCUCCUCUUUUUGAACUGGCUGGUAUCAGCUCUCAUGUAAUAGUGACUGAGCGGGCGAACCAGGCCAGAGACCAUCUCCUGAAGAAAGACCUGACGGGCUUUGAUGGUGUGGUGUGCGUGGGCGGGGAUGGCAUGUUCAGCGAAUUACUUCACGGUUUGGUCGGGCGGACACAACAAGAGGCAGGCCUUUGUGAGAAUGAUCCCGCUGUCGCUCUGCAGCCUUGUCCGCUUCACAUCGGCAUCAUCCCUGCAGGCUCUACAGACUGUGUGUGUUACGCCACUGUGGGAGUGAUAGACCCCGUUACUUCAGCCUUGCACAUUAUCAUCGGAGACUCCCAGCCUUUGGAUGUGUGUUCAGUUCAUCAUUCCUCCGCUCUGGUGCGAUACUCUGUGUCUCUGUUGGGCUAUGGCUUCUAUGGGGACGUACUGGCUGAGAGUGAAAAACACCGCUGGAUGGGGCCUCUCAGAUACGACUAUUCAGGCACUAUGGUGUACCUGAGCAACAGAAGCUACUCCGGCACAGUGAAGUAUCUACCAGCGGACCCACUGCUCUCCAGCCCCAGAGAUAAAACACGCUGCCUCGCAGGGUGCGGUGUGUGCUCCAGAAGCACAGAGAGACUUUUCCCCCAUUCAUCAGACUCAGGCUCCCUGUACAGCUCCCACUUCAGUCAGUUCAGCACUGACUCCGAAGGUGAGUGGGUGAGCGUCGAGGGCAGGUUCAGGUGCCUCUCUCUGACUUGCAUGUCCAGCUCAUGUGCCAGGAGUCCUCAGGGUCUUUCUCCGUCUGCUCACCUGGCGGACGGAACAGGGGACCUCAUCCUCGUAUGGGACACUCACCCUCUGAGCUUCCUCAAGUUCCUCUACAGGCACACGAGCACGCAGGACCAGUUCGACCUGCCCUUCGUAGAGGUCCACCGCGUGAAGGCGGUCCGUUUCUCUGUGCCGUCUGGCAGAGAGGAGCAAGAAUAUGAAGAAAUUGGAGGGCUCAGCAGCGAGACAGAUGGAGAGAGAGAACAUGUGGACACUGUAAGCAGAAAUGGAUCUCAGCAGCACCUGGCAGAGAGAGCCACGACAAACGAGCAGAAAACAGCGACCCCCUUCCUGUGUGGUCUGUGCUGCAAAAAAUCUCCUGCCGUGUCGGUGUGGAACUGCGAUGGAGAGAUUCUGCCGUUCACCGAGAUCCUCUGCAAGAUUCAUGGCCAGUUGGUGCGUCUAUAUGCCCGGGGCAUCGAAGACAGAGCCGCCGUACACAACAGCCAGGAGAGGGACGAGUGUCGAAGGAUGUGCAUCCCAAAAAGUCUCACCUAAAUUUUGGAUAAUGGAGGAAAAAAACCCUGAAGAAUAGCGUCUAUAUGGCGAUGCUAAUUAAUUUAAAGAAUAACCAGCCGCACAAUCUGUCAUGGCCAAAGAGUUCCUAAUAUUUCAGAUGCUUUUAUACAUUUUCUCAUUGUAAUAAUGAAAAAAUAUCUAUUUAUUCUGAAACGUGUGUGUGCUUGUCGAACACUAUUCUUUAAAAACACUGUUUAAUAAACUCUACAAUUAUCUGUAGUGCAGGUGGUUUUGCACAAAACUUAUUUAAAGGUCCCAUAUGGUGAAUUUUUUUUUUAUUGUGUUUUGUGGUUGUUCUAAACUUGGUGAUGUA